GUUUUCAUUCGCUCCAUUCGCUUUCUCCUCCAUCUGAACAUUCCUCUGGCUCUUGGACAUUCCUUAUUCUAUUUGGACCACACAGCAGCAGAGCAGCAGCAACAACAAGCAACCUUCGCAGCAAACUCUGGGUUUAUAUCCGCUCUUUAUCCCGUCUCCACUUUCUGUCCCACUUCCAUUUCACUCGCUCACCAGCACUUUUCCCCUUCGCCCUUCGUCUCCACUUUAACACAACCUCAUAAGAACCAAAGCAAACAUGAUUAUACCCUCGAGCUAUCCUGUUCAAGGCAUAAUCUACUUUCUCGGACAUCCGCAACUGAUCACGAACCUCAUUUGUCCAAUCCUAUUCACGAUAAUAUGGGCCAUUGGCGUCCUCAUCUUUGGCUUCGCGUACCUUCUCCAACUCCAGGCCCAUGCCCUGAUCAGAGCUAACUGUCCCGCGGGGGUUGCAUGGUUCGUAAGCGUGAUAUUCGUACUGCUCGAAAUAGCAGUGAUGAUCGUCCUCUUCUAUUUGAUCAUAUUACCCAUCUAUCAAGACGGACUCUUUGACCGAGUCCUCAAGCUCAGAGGACUACGGCACGUCCUCGACAAGAGCCAAGGCAACGAUAUUGCCAAAUGCAUGCGUGGCGUCAACGGGGGUCUCUUUCUCGCGUUCUGUCAGAUCGUAGUGUUGAUCCUGACAUUACCGUUGAAUCUGAUCCCGAUUCUGGGGCAAAUCCUGUAUGCGUUUAUCAACGGCUGGAUCCUGACAUUUGGGGUCCGGUUCCAUUACGACGCUGAGAUCCGAAAUAUCUCGGUCGCACAGUCCAGACGCGAGGCCUGGAAGCGACGAAGUGAAUACUCUGGGUUCGGAAGUGUAGCGGUCGCGUUGGAGAUGAUUCCUAUAGCGAACCUGCUAUUCAUGUGGACGAACAUUGUCGGGUGUGCACUCUGGGUCGCAGACGAGAUCGAGCGUGAAGAACGUCGACACCAACAGCAGGUCGCACAGGACAUCGCCGCCAGGAACAAUAACAUUAGCAAUGUCAAUAACAACACGAACAGCAACGUUAUUGGUUACAACACUAAUGUGAUCGGGUAUGGUGCCGCUGGUUCUUCGGCCUGGGAUCCAUCGGGUAUGGACAGUACGGCCACGGUGAGUCCACCGAUUUCGAACAGUCAGCAGCAGAAGGACAGUGGUGGACUUGUACAGCAAAAGGGAUCGUCUUGGAGCUUUUUUGGAAGGAGCAGUAGUCGAAAUCAAGACCCACAGCCGAUCGCUUAGGAUAAGAACAGAAAGAAAGAAGAAAGAAAAAAAGAAAAGAAAAUAAAUGGCGUGCUAAGCAGGUUUGGUGUGUAUCGGAUGGUUUUCAUCGGCCAUAUAGUCUUUUUUUUUUUUUUUUUUUUU